GGCCGAGCCUCCUCCCGCCUUUACUGCAUUCAGCCGGAGCUCCGGGCCACCGGUGGCGCACCGGAACGAGGAUGGAGGCUCGCGCGCGCGCGCGGUGUGUGCGGUGGUGGGGGGUGGCACCUUUCUGAGCUGGAGACACGCAUGCUGCUGGGACGUCUUCUUCCCAUUUUAUACCGGGGCUCCCGCAAAAAUAGCCCCCACCCCUUCAGGACCCCCCUCCUCCCCCCCGCUCCUCGCAGCAGCAGCAGCAGCAGGAGGACGCGGAUCCAGGAUGACAGCAUCUCUGCUCCACGUCCGAAGCACCUGGACGUUUUUCCCGCGGCUGUGAUGUGAACGCGCGGCGUGCGCACGCUGACCGAACCCCCCGCAGACAUUCAGUCGUGACGCUUUCGAGCUGUUUUCUGACCCCGCUCGUGAAAAAGGGACGUGGAUCUGUUGGCGUUUCUGCGCCGGUAACCGGACGAUGACCGCCACCAAGGAGCCGCCGAAGCAGCGGCCGAACCCGGCGCCGCAGGAGGAGGAUCUGGGUGGAGUGAGUCCUCCUCAGAGAAACUGGAAGGGGAUUGCCAUUGCCCUAUUGGUCAUUCUGGUGGUUUGCUCCCUCAUCACAAUGUCCGUCAUCCUCCUGACACCAGUGGACAACCAGGCUGGAAGCGACACUAAACUGACUGUGGACGAUCUGUUCAGACCUGAAUUCAAAGUUCAUGAUCCAGAGGCUAAAUGGAUCAAUGACACAGAAGUCCUUUUUAGGAACAGCGAUGGCCACGUCAUCAAAUUCAACGUCCUCACAAAUGAAACGGAGAUCGUCCUUACAAACACAACAUUUAUCAAUUUCAGCGUGGACCGGUACUCUGUGUCACCUGACCUGAAAUAUGUCCUAUUUGCAUACAAUGUCAAACAGGUCUACCGCCAUUCCUACAUGGCUUCUUACAGCAUCUACAACAUCCAGACACGAGAGGUUUGGGAGCUGAAUCCUCCAGAAGUGGCAAACUCUAUCCUGCAGUACGCUGCAUGGGGAGUUCAAGGCCAGCAGCUGGUCUACAUAUUUGAAAACAACAUCUACUACCAAUCGGAUGUGGAGAGUAAUUCACUGAGACUGACGUCAUCUGGAAAACAAGGAGCUAUUUUUAAUGGGAUCACUGACUGGCUUUAUGAAGAGGAAAUUCUGCAGUCCCAUGUGGCUCACUGGUGGUCUCCUGAUGGAGAGAGGCUGGCCUUUUUGGUUCUCAAUGACACUCUUGUGCCCAACAUGGUUUUACCGCGUUUUACCGGGACCUAUCCCAAAGGAAAGGAGUACCCCUACCCAAAGGCGGGCCAACCCAACCCCGUGGUGAAGCUCCAUGUUGUAAAUCUGUACGGGCCGACGCACACGCUGGAGCUGAUGCCCCCAGAGAUGCUCAAACUGCGGGAACACUAUAUCACCAUGGUCAAAUGGAUCAGCAAGACCAAGGCGUCUGUGAGGUGGAUGAACCGGUCCCAGAACAUCUCCAUCCUGACCGUGUGCGACACCACAACUGGAGCCUGCGUCACGAGGCAUGAAGAAAACUCUGAGCUCUGGCUUUCCAAGCAGGAUCAAGACCCCGUCUUCACCAAAGAUGGAAACAGAUUCUUUCUAACUGUCCCCGUCAAACAGGGAGGACGUGGAGAGUUUCAUCACAUCGCCAUGUUCACGACUCAGUUCAGAGCAGACCAGAAUGAAGUUCGACAUCUAACUUCUGGGAACUGGGAGGUGACCAAGAUCAUCUCCUAUGACGAGAACUCUGACAACCUGUAUUUUCUCAGCACGGAGGGCUCACCACGACGACGGCAGCUUUACAGUGUUAAAACCGUGGGUCUGUUUCCUCGCCGCUGUUUGACCUGUGAGCUGAACAAAGCUCAGUGUCUGUUCUUGGAUGCAGACAUCAGCCCUGCACAGCAGCACGUUCUGCUUCACUGUACAGGUCCAGCUGCACCAACUGUAAUCUUACACAGCUUCAACAACUCCAAUUACAUCAUCCUUGAAAACAACUCUUUGUUGAGGGCAACCUUGAAAUACAAAAGGAUCCAACUGACGGACUUUGGAGUAGUUCCUGUAGAGAGCUUUGAUUUGCCUUUAAAAAUUUUGUUCCCUCCAGACUUCUCAGAGUCGCGGCAUUACGGACUGCUGUUAGUGGUUGAUGGUGCCCCUGGUGGUCAGGCAGUGAGUGACAGAUUCUCUCUCAGCUGGGACUCAGUCCUGGUUAGUUCGGACAAUGUGAUUGUGGCCCGACUGGACGGCCGGGGCAGUGGCUUUCAAGGCCAGAGGGUUCUGCAUGAAGUUUACCAGAGACUGGGAACGGUUGACGUUCAGGACCAGAUUGCAGCCGUGGAGUUCAUGACCAAAUUCCCCUACAUUGAUCAAACACGGAUAGCAGUUUUUGGACAGGGUUAUGGAGCCUACCUGACACUGAUGAUGCUGAAGUCUACUGACAGCCUCUUCAAAUGCGCGUGUGCAAUGUCGCCAGUGACAGACUGGAGACUGUACGCGUCCGCCUUCUCAGAGCGCUACCUUGGCAUGCCGCUGCAGGACGACAGCAGAUAUCAGUUCUCCAGCUUGCUGCAGAACGUUCAAGCUCUCAGGGAGCAGACGCUGAUGCUGGUGCACAGCACAGCAGAUGCAAACAUUCACUUUCAGCACACGGCGGAGCUCGUCAGGAACCUCGUCAAAGUGGGAGCGAACUACUCCAUGCAGAUCUACCCCGAUGAGGGACACUUCCUGUCCCGGCAGAGCCGUAAGCAUCUCUACGCAACACUCACCAGCUUCUUCAGGGAAUGUCUAAAAGAGGAGCUGCUACCGCUGCCUGAUGAAGAAGAGGAGGAGGAAGAAUAAUGUGAGGCUCCAAGUGUCACGUUGGUGGUAGAUAUUGGAGAGUUUUACAAAAAUCCCUCAAGGCCUUUCGCAUUUGGACCAAUUCUUUAGCCAGAAAAGGACAUGGCGAAGGAGCCGCUAAUACUCUUACUGUGAGUGAGUGAGUGAGUGAGUGAGUGUGUGUGUGUGAGCACUACAUUGUGUGACUGUAAAUGGUGUAAAAAAAAAAAGGUCACUAAGGGACACAUGAGCAACACGUGUCUGGAUUUGCUGCAGAAACUGGACUCAUUUUGGAACACUAUUCCUGAGAAAGCACACUGAACGUGACGUCCACUUUUGUAGACUCUCUAGAUUGUAGUCGUUCACAUUUAACCAAAUGCAUGUUCAUCCACUCGUCUUUGGGGUUCAGCUGUUGGUUAGACAUCUGAUGACGGCAGAACAAAAUCAAACACAUGUGCUUAAUCCCUCCCUCUUAUGGCUGCAGAGUCUUUAUCUGCAGCAGCUGACUUCACAAAAAUCUGGACGUUCUACAAAAGUAGAACCAAAAGAAGAUCAAUUCCCUGCCUGUUAACAACAGUGUCACCCCAAAUGCUAACACUCCAGGGGUUCACACAAUGUUGCAAAGGAUUCUGUGUCAACUUACGUCUGUUGAAGAGUUGUCCAUGUUUCCUGUGAGGUUUUGGCAGUGACAGUCAUUCGCUCUGAAGCACAGGAGUUGCUCUCUGUGCAACAGGACUUUGAUUUCAGAGUGACAGACUUUCAAACGGCACUCAAACCUUCUCCGUCUCACGGUGGACGUUAAACGUACUUCAGGGAGGAGUUGGGUUGACGUCCACUGCAAAUUUGUCAGAAGAGUCUUUGGUUUCAAACACUCAUGUGAGCACAUUAGGCAACAAGUGCAGUAGUGGUGAUAAAGUGGAGCUCUCUACAGUGUUAGUAGGACCCUUGCAUGUCUCCAGGGAGGGUGUCACAUUUGUACAGUGAAAGAGGAAGUGGACAUAGAUCUACUUUCAGGAAGAAGGAUCUCAUAGAAUGCUUAGUUUAUGCGAAUGAUUGUAUUGACCAAUUUCUUUUGGAUUUGUUGUAAAUGUUUAGUUGACAUAGUUAUUUAUUUUUAUUGGGUUUAUGCUUUGGUUUGUUUUCCUUGUAGCUGUUGAUUUAAAAUCCUGGGGUGGAUUUUGUAAUUCUUGCUUUUCUUUUGUGCUGUUUGAAAGGAACCAGGAUGGCGUACAGUUUGGAAAUACCGUGAUGAAAAUACAUAAAAAUACAUGAAGACAUGCUGAUGUAUGUAGCACAACACCAAACACACGGCUACUUUUUGAAGACUGUACCAAACGCUUCACUAUAUUUUCUUUGUGUUUUUCCCUUGGGUGUCAUAAUAAAGAAACAAGAACAUGUGGUUUCUAUUAGAAAUGUGAUGGAAAAAUCAGUUUGAUGUGAAAAAGCUCGUGUUUCAUUAAACAUGAAGCUGAACUACUUUAUCAAACUCCAUUUUGUUUAUUGUGUCUUUGGGAAAAGAAAAUCACACGAACAAUAAAGAGUUCAUUAGAUUUGAAAUGAACUGGAUGUAAAAAUGACACACCAUGGUUUUGGUGAAGGUUGUUCAUGUUUGACAACAUCUUCAGCAAAUGUUUGUUUCAAAAUAUUUUUGACCCCCAUUUGGUUCAACGUCUGUUUGACAGCAACACUCCUUUCCAUGACACGGUGUUACGGUGAGUUUGAGGUAAAUGAUGGGAAUCCUGUGUGUAGAACCGCGGUAAAGAGAUUCUAAAGACAGGGUGUGCUAUAAGCAGCAAAAGAUGCUCUAUGUUCAAUUUUCAAGUUCAUAAACGGCUUUAAAAUGUUUUCAAAUAAACUGAACAAAAUUGUG